ACGCUUCAAUUAAUAAAUUGCACAAAUCGAUAAACCAAUCUUUUUACUCAGUCUACUCGGCUUCUGUGUUUUUUAAUUGCUGCGACCGAUCUGUCCUAGGCGACAGUUCCUGUUAUAUAAAUUAGCCCAAAGCUGUCUGUUUUAUUAGUCAUCUCUUUUCGUUUCAUUCGGUUCAAGAAUCACUGGCUCUUAACUUCCAAGUUUCAUCUGAACGGCUAUUUCCACGCUCCUAGAUAUGCAAGAACUGCCGUUGCCUUUUGCCACUACGGCCAUUCUUGGUGGGCUUUCACUGUUGUUGCUCUUCUCUUUCUUCUUGAGGAAACUCGGCUCCACCCAGAAGAUUAAUGGCCAGUCCACUCUUCCACCUUUACCGGAGGUUCCUGGGUUGCCCAUAGUGGGGAAUUUGCUUCAACUGAAGGAGAAGAAACCUCACAAGACCUUUACAAAGUGGGCUGAAACUUAUGGCCCUGUUUAUUCCAUCAGAACCGGUGCUACUACUUUGGUGGUACUCAAUUCCGCUGAUGUUGCCAAAGAGGCUCUGGUUACUAGAUUCUCAUCAAUCUCUACGAGAAAGCUGUCAAAUGCCCUGCGGAUCCUCACAGCCGAUAAAUGUAUGGUUGCUAUGAGUGACUAUGAUGAAUUCCACAAGAUGGUGAAGCGAUACAUCCUUGCAGGUGUCUUGGGCGUGAAUGCUCAGAAGCGGCUACGUUCCCUCCGAGACACCAUGAUGGAAAACAUUUCUAGACAAUUACAUGCCCUUGUAGAUGGCCAUCCUCUUGAAGCGGUCAAUUUCAGGAAAGUCUUCCAGAAUGAACUAUUUGCGCUGGCACUCAAACAAGCUUUGGGACAGGAGGUGAAAUCCAUAUAUGUGGAGGAACUUGGGACAACGUUGUCCAAAGAGGAAAUGUUCAAGGUUAUGGUGUCGGACAUGAUGGCUGGUGCAAUUGAGGUGGACUGGAGGGAUUUCUUUCCUUACCUGAGAUGGAUUCCUAGUAAAAGCUGGGAAAAGAAGAUUGAACAACUGGCUUUCCGCAGGAAAGUGGUGGCGAAAGCCCUAAUGAAGGAGCAGAAACGGAGAAUCGCUUCAGGGGAGGAAGCGAACAGUUAUAUUGACUUCCUGAUAUCUGAAUCCAAGACGCUUUCUGAGGAGCAGAUCACCAUUUUGCUCUGGGAGCCAAUCAUCGAGACUUCUGAUACCACUCUGGUCACAACAGAGUGGGCUUUGUAUGAACUUGCUAAGAAUCCAAAAUGCCAGGAUCGACUCGUCCAGGAGAUUCAAAAAGUUUGUGGUUCUGAAACCGUCUCAGAGGACCACUUGUCUCAGCUUCUGUACUUGAAUGCUGUAUUCCAUGAAACUCUGAGGAAACAUAGUCCAGUUCCAAUAAUUCCUCCGCGCUAUGUACAUGAAGAUACCCAAUUAGGAGGGUACUUUGUCCCGGCUGGAAGCCAGCUUACUAUAAACAUAUAUGGAUGUAACAUGGACAAGAAGAUAUAUGAGAAACCAGAAGAGUGGAUGCCCGAGAGAUUUCUCGAUGAGAAGUAUGACCCAGCAGACUUGUUCAAGACAUCGGCCUUUGGAGGAGGGAGAAGGGUUUGUGCUGGAGCUCUUCAGGCCAUGCUAAUAUCUUGCGCAGCCAUCGGCAGACUAGUCCAGGAGUUUGAAUGGCGACUGAAGGAUGGUGAGGAAGAAAAUGUCGAUACAGUGGGACUGACGACUCAUAAGCUUCACCCAAUGCAAGCAAUGCUGAAGCCAAGAUGAUUGGAAUGAAGAAAGCAUAGUAGCCACUGAAGUAGGAGAAUUCUCUAUGUAAUCCAGUGGUUUUGUCCUGUUUUGCUGAUAAAUAGUUUCUAAGUCUUGCUGUGUGGUAGAUGUUUUCAACAAAGUGCAACGCUGGUAUAAGCAAGACGGAGGACUAGUCUGGACGUUACCUUUUUGUUGGUUUUGAUGAAAAAUGAAGAGGCUGACCCUGCUUGAAGUGUCGCCAUCUUGCUAUGU